AGCUAGAACCAACCCAACGCUCUCAGUUGGGUGUAAACGAUUCUCAGGUGCGCACGCAUUCGCUGAAAACUUCUAACAACCACGGAGUAGAGAUCGUUCAUGAGAGAUCGCAUCGAUCAGCUUCAAUCAGCAGCAGCGUGUAGGGUUUAACGUCUGUUGUGUUUUGUGUGUGCUGCUGGGCGACACCGGGCCUGGAGCUGUGCGUUCUCCGUUUUCCACCUUUUUUUUGUGACCGGUUCCGAGCAUAAUUAGCCUCUGAGGUGAGCCAAAUAGCGACGUACGAAAAGAAUGAGAAAGUGAAAGUUUGGCUCUUGGUCAGCUGUGCGGUGUUUAAAUGACCAGAAGUAGUGAUUCAUUAAGCUGCUUUGGUGAUAGCCAUUGGUGACGACUCAGUGUUUGCAGAACGGCGAUUUACAGAACAUUCAAAUUGUGUCAAGUGCAACGCAAACGUUGACGCGAGUUCGUGAAUAGCUGCCAGAGUGGAGGCAAACACAGUGCACUAGUUGAGGUUCCCGGAUAAGAAGAGUUCUGAAAGUUCUUGAUUCCAGUCGAAACAAUAAGACUUUCUUCCAGUUAUCGGAAUACUCUUCAAAUCCGCAAUAACAACGACAAAAGGAGCUCAAGAUGAGGCGGGAGCAUAUACGACUUUUCAUGAGGGAGAAUCUGCUGACUUUCCUCACUAUCGGUGGGGUGAUUUUGGGUAUCGUAUUUGGCAUGGGCCUUCGUGAGGUACCAGCGGAAGGCGAAAAAUGGUCCCCUCGGGAUGUUUCAUACAUCAACUUCAUCGGAGACACUUUCCUGCGGAUGCUCAAAGCAUUGAUUCUUCCUCUGAUCAUAACAUCCCUCAUCGCUGCCGUCGGCUCGCUAGAUUUGUCGCUGUCUGGAAAAAUUGGCGGGAGAGCUGUACUGUAUUAUGUUAUCACAACUGUCAUGGCCGUCAUACUGGGCAUUGUACUGGUUUUGCUGGUUAAGCCGGGCCGGGGGGCUGAGGAGUCGAACGGUGAUAUUGGUGCUAAAGGAGAAAUGCGAAAUGUAACGACAGCUGAUACAUUGCUGGAUUUGGUGAGGAAUAUGUUCCCGCCGAAUUUAGUGCAGGCGUGUUUGCAACAGUACCAAACCGUACUUACUCCCCCAAAAACUAAUCCUGACGAACCCGACCUUACGCUUUGGACAGUUGGGGGCAAAUUCAGCGAAGGAAUGAACAUUAUCGGUUUGGUUGUGGCAUCGAUCGUUUUCGGAAUAGCGUUAAGUGCCCUGAAAGAGGAUGCACAAAUGGUGCUCAAGUUUUUCCAGCAGCUAUCGCACACGGUGAUGAAAAUUACGGGAUGGGUUAUAUGGUUAUCCCCGGUUGGUGUGCUUUUUCUAGUAACUGCCAAACUGCUUGAAAUGGAGGACCUUGGCGAAGUGUUCGGAAAACUUGGGCUCUAUUUUGCCGUUGUAGCAGGAGGAAUUCUAUUCCAUGGAUUUGUGGUGUUACCGUUGCUGUUCUUUCUCUUUACACACAAAAACCCGGUCCAAUUUGUUGCCAAUAUGGGACAGGCAAUUGCUACAGCUUUCGGGACAUCAAGUAGCUCGGCUACCUUGCCCGUCACAAUGCAAUGUUUAGAGGAAAAGAAUCACAUUGAUCCGCGGGUUUCGCGAUUUGUUUUGCCAAUUGGAGCCACAAUUAAUAUGGAUGGUACCGCGCUGUACGAAGCCGUGGCGGCCAUCUUCAUCGCACAACUUAGAGGACUUUCGCUGUCUUUUGGUAACAUUCUUGCCAUUAGUAUAACCGCCACAGCUGCCAGCAUUGGUGCCGCCGGUAUUCCUCAGGCAGGAUUGGUAACCCUUGUUAUGGUGCUGGAUACCGUGGGUCUUCCAGCGGAAGAUGUUUCUCUUAUUAUCGCAGUAGAUUGGUUACUGGAUCGUUUCCGCACGGUUGUAAAUGUGCUGGGUGACAGUUUUGGAGCAGCUAUUGUGGCACACUACAGUCAAAAUGAGCUGACAGCUAUACCGGUUACAGAGGUGACUGAGAAGUAUCAGAAGAAUUCGCUGGCAUACAGUGCCGAGACGGUGUUAUUCGAAGAGAGGCUGUGAGAACCAUUAUCCGUUUAAGUAUUUUAAAUUUUAGACUAUGGAUAAUUUACGAACGACUCGUCCUAGUGUAUUCAGCUUGAUUGGUAGAUAACUGCACAUGAUCAGUAAUUAUAGAAUUAAGAGAUCAAGAAAGAGUUUUUAACGAAUCAUCGAAUUAUUAAUUUUUUAGACUCAAUGUGAUCAAGAUGUAUUCCAUAGGUAUAUCUAAUUAUAACAUCAUAGAAUAUAUAAGAGACUAAAUUAUAUAACAAUCUGGAAAUAAAUUCUGGCUAUGAUGCAAACAGCACAGAGUUACCAAAA